CUCUCACCAUCUCUCUCAGCAUCACCAGUCCCACACACAGACGAAAAGCAAAGAAAACGUUGCGACUUCAUUUCCUUCUUUUGUUUUCUCUAAACCCUGACCCCACCUCCAUAGUAACAGUGGAGGUAGGCAAAGAGACUAGAAGCAGUACGAGUAGCAGAAGACGAGUAUACCAUCACCACCGCGAUGGCUAAUCCAUAGCAGAAGACGGAAGAAAAAAGCAAAUACUGCCAUGGUCAUGUCGUCGUCCAAUGAUAAUCAUAAUCAUAAUCAUCCAUCAACUUCUCUUACUAAAGACCUCUUUCCAUCUACAUCUCUCGCUCUCACUCUCGGAUUUUUUCGUGAGGGAGAAGAGCAGGCGGUGGAUGAUCGAAGGGAGGAUGGUGGUAAUACUACUACUACGGUGACGGAGAUCAGUAGUGAGAAUUCUGGACCGGCGAGAUCACGAUCGGAUGAUGAUUUUGAUGUUGAUCCUGACGUCGAUGACGGAGACGACGAUAAUAAUAAGAACAAAAGUAAGAAGAGGAAAAAGUACCACCGCCACACCGCUGAACAAAUUCGUGAAAUGGAAGCGUUAUUUAAGGAGUCACCUCACCCGGAUGAGAAGCAGAGACAACAGUUGAGCAAGCGGUUAGGCCUUCAUCCCAGACAAGUGAAGUUCUGGUUUCAAAAUCGCAGAACCCAAAUUAAGGCUAUACAGGAGCGCCAUGAAAAUUCAUUGUUGAAAUCAGAAAUGGAUAAACUACGUGAUGAGAAUAAGAUGUUGAGGGAGACAAUUAAGAAGGGUACUUGUCCUAACUGUGGUUUUGGUAGCUCUAGCAAGGAUGCCAUCACUUACACCGAUGAACAGCAGCUUCGGAUUGAAAAUGCGAAACUUAAAGCUGAGAUUGAGAAACUGAGGACGUCAAUUGGGAAAUAUCCACAGGGAAUGUCACCAACAAACUCCUGUUCUGCAGGAAAUGAACAAGAAAGCAGAAGCUCCUUAGAUUUGUGUAGUGGGGUAUUUGGGCUGGAAAAGUCUAGAAUAAUGGAGAUUGUCAAUCUAGCUAUGGAAGAGCUCAUAAAGAUGGCUAGUGCUGGGGAACCACUGUGGAUCCAUAGCUUUGAGACAGGUCGAGAAAUACUUAAUUACGAUGAAUACUUGCAUGAGUUCCCCAUCGACACUUCAAGCAAUGUUCAACAUAAGAGAUGCAUCGAGGCAUCUAGAGAUAGUGGCAUUGUCUUUAUGGAUCUCCCACAGCUAGUUCAAAGUUUCAUGGAUGUGAAACAAUACGAAGAGAUGUUUCCAUGCAUGAUCUCGAAAGCAGCUACCCUUGAUGUUAUCUGCAACGGGGAGGGUGCUAACAGAAAUGGGGCAGUUCAAUUGAUGUUUGCAGAGCUGCAAAUGCUAACUCCUUUGGUGGCCACAAGAGAAAUGUACUUUGUGAGAUACUCCAAGCAAUUGAAUGCUGAUAAGUGGGCAAUUGUGGACAUUUCUAUCGACAAUGUCGAAAAAAAUAUUGAUGUGUCCCUUGCUAGAUGUAGAAAACGUCCAUCUGGUUGCAUCAUGGAGGACAAAUCAAACGGCCACUGUAAGGUGACAUGGAUAGAGCAUUUGGAAUGCCAGAAAAGCAUCUCUCAUUCUAUGUAUCGUGCAAUCAUCAAUAGUGGUUUAGCUUUUGGAGCAAGGCAUUGGAUGGCCACAUUGCAGCAACAAUGCGAGCGUCUUGUGUUCUUCCUUGCAACAAAUGUUCCUACUAAGGAUUCUACCGGCAUUUCUACACUGGCCGGGAGGAAAAGUAUUUUGAAAUUGGCACAGAGAAUGACAUGGAGUUUCGGUCGAGCACUAGGUGCCUCAAGCCAUUGCACAUGGAAAAAGAUACUGAGCAAGACAGGGGAUGACAUAAGGGUGGCAUCUAGGAAGAACCUAAAUGAUCCCGGUGAACCCUUAGGGGUGAUACUUUGUGCAGUAUCAUCUAUAUGGUUGCCUGUUUCUCACACUGUUCUUUUUGAUUUUCUAAGAGACGAAACUCAAAGAAAUGAGUGGGAUAUUAUGUCUAAUGGAGGUCCGGUGCAAUCUAUAGCAAACUUGGCAAAAGGAAAAGAUCGAGGAAAUACCGUCUCCAUCCAUACAAUGAAGUCGAAGGAGAACAUGUGGAUGCUUGAGGAUAGUUGCACAAACAGUUACGAAUCCAUGGUCGUUUGUGCUCCAGUCAGUGUGAGCAGCAUGCAAUCUGUAAUGGCUGGCUGUGACUCUAGCAACAUCUCUAUAUUACCCUCGGGUUUUUCCAUUCUUCCUGAUGGGGUCGAGACAAGGCCGUUGGUGAUCACUUCGAAAGCACAGGAUAAGAGUUGGGAAGGCUUAGGAGGGUCGUUACUAACUGUUGGUUUUCAGAUCCUUACAAGCAAUUCCCCCACGGGUAAACAUAGUAUCGAAUCCGUGGAGUCGAUCAAUACACUUAUCUCGACAACUCUGCAUAAUAUCAAGGUUGGUUUACAGUGUGAUGAUCAGUGAUCAAUAACCCCGCCCCCGCCCCCUCCCCCGCCCUACCUAUCGACUUCAGAUAUAUACUGAUGUAACAUGAGGAAUUGAUUCCAAAAAGGUGUCAUAAAUUUGGCUUUUUCCAAAUAUUAGGUGAAAAGGUCUUUUGGUACAAGUAAAUAUUUGGUGGGUUUCAUGCUCUGGUGAGAUGAAGACAAUAUGCUAGUAUGUAAAACUCUUUGAUAAUGGUUAAUUUUAAGAACACAUUGUAUA